UUGCUUUGCCUGUUACUGGUACCACUUUAUCUACUAGGUUGAAAAAAUAGAAUUUUAAAAUAAAACCACAUGAUUUAACAUGAUGAAUUUUCCAAACACAGAUUACCUGCAUUUGUUUAGAUAUACUGUAUAUAUAGUAUAUUCCCUCCAUCCAUCAAAUCAAACUGCCUUUCUCUCACUGAUCUUACUCAAACUCACUGCAUGUCCAAACUUCAGAUCUCAACAUUUAAAAAAGGUUCUGGCAGGUAUGGCUGCCCCCAAUCAGAAUUGCAUACAAUAUGUCUUUAUUAAAUUUACCAAACCAAAUAUAAUUUUCUACACGGUUUAAAAAUUGUGAAUGAAGUUGUCUAUCUUGACUUUUCUUUGGUCUUUGAUUUACCUGUGUUUUUAACUUGCUGGACCGAUGCUGCCAUCUAGUGGUUAAAGUAGAUGGGUCGAGUGUCAGCUUGCGUUCAGAUCUAUUAAUAGCUGGUGCUAAAGUCGGGUUUGAGCAACAGUCUUGUGACUGAGCUUGAAGAGAACAGGUCGUUUCGUGUGGUGGUUCCAUCGUUGUGGUUUUAACUUGAAGAGAAACGCAGCUGAAAACAGGAAUGAGAGUUUUUCCUCAACUUCUGAUUGGACCCCGGUGACUCACUGCAGUUCCAGUUAAGGGAGUCAUGUCAAGGAACACAUUUCCCUUUACGUCCACGUCGCUGCGCUCUCUGAGACUGGAGCAGGAGUUUCAGGAGUGGGAGGAUGCUCGACGAGCGUUGGCCCAGAGGAGGGCCCUGACCCGGGCCCCGCUGCCCAGAGCUCCAAGGCCUCCUCCCAGGCAGCAGCAGCUCCAGGAGGUCCGGGCCCCUCCGCCCCAGGUCCGAUGUAGGGACAUGGCCAUCCACAACACCUUCAUGUUUGGAGACAUGAAGGGAGUGUAUGCAGUGCUGAAGGACCCAGGGAUGGUCAAUGCUCUGAUGGAGACGGUGCAGGAGGAGAUGGUGUGGACCCCAGAGAUGGGCAUGUGGACGCUGAGCUCCAGGGUGAAACAGACCUCAGCCUUACGUCUGGCUGCCAGCAGAGGACACGCAGGGUGUGUGGAGGAGCUUUUGUUUCGUGGAGCGGAGGUCAACGCCGACCCCGGAGGCAGCACCGCCCUCCAUGAUGCCUGCAUAGGCGGCCACGCUGUCUGCGUCAGGCUGCUGCUGUCUCAUGGAGCAGACCCUGAAGGGCUGACUGCAGACGGCAGCACUCCUCUUCACCUCUGCAACUCUGCACAGUCUUUCCACUGUGCCAAGUUGCUGUUAGAUGGAGGUGCCGAGGUCGACGUGAGGAUGAGGGAGUCGAGGCUCACACCUCUGCACGUGGCGGCUCGGCGAGGCCUGGAGGAGCACGUGGAGCUCUUCCUGAGCUACAAGGCAGACGUGUUGGUCACGAACAGAGAGGGGGAGACCCCUCUGAACGCCGCUUGCUCCGGAGCCGAGAGGCCGUCUGAGUCCGGCCGCUACCUCAGAGUAAUUCAAAUGCUGCUGGACGCAGGGGCCGAUCCCAGAACUGCGGGCAGGAAGCAACACACACCCCUGCACAACGCAUGCGCCAACUGCUGCUCCAGGAUCGUAGACGUCCUCCUGCAGCACGGAGCAAAGGUCGACGUCGAAAACUGUGCAAGAUUCACACCUAUGGACUGUCUGUUGCAGGUGGUGGAAGAUUACCUGGACCAGCAGCCUGAAGAAGUAGCACGAUCACUUCUCAACCACGGAGCCAAGUCCGUUUCACCAAAGAUGCUGAAGCAGUGCGUCCUCUCUCCUGACGUCCUGGAGGUGAUGCUGAACUCGUAUACGAUCGUCCCUCCCUGUCAGUGGAUUGACUCCGUGUCUUCUGACAUAAAUGAGGAGCAUCGGCCUUUCUUCGAGCUGGUGCGUCAGCGGAGCGGUCAGCCUCGCUCUCUGCAGCAUCUGUGUCGAUGUGCUCUACGCCUGCACCUCGGAGCCCGGUGUCACUCUGUAGUCAGUAAACUGGACAUCCCCAGUUCGGUGAGGGAUUAUGUGCUGCUGUGUAACGACGGGAGGCUCUACUGACUUUGUGUUGAACGAUCCAACAGGGUGGUGCCCUGACAUGUACGGAUAAAAACCUGUUUCUGUUAUUCUAUCUUUUUUAAACUGACACACAUUUUGGCUGUGUUUUAACUGUUACUAUUGUUUGGACAGUGUAUAAUUUGAAAAAGUACAAUAUUUUUAUGUGUAAUGUCUGGAAGGAAAUACAAGCAACUUUAC